GAAACCAACGGCAAUGAAUUAGUUGCAGAAACCGACAUAUGGCAUAACUACUAGCUAGUAGUACUCUGCUUUGCCGGUAGCCAAAAAGCUUCUAGAAGACCCACCUUUUUCUAUUUUUGUUGCUAUUCAUUGAAACUUAUCGCCAAGCAAGCAGCAUGUGCGUCCCUCUCUCUUUAUAAAAAUCACAAUCAUGACCACAUCACCACACACCAUUACCCAUUAUCCUCAAAAUAUAUAUAUACAUAUUCAUUUCUAAAUUCUACUCCUCAAUCCACUCUCUUUUCUUCUCUCUCUAUAUUCCGAUCCCCACACACACAUACACUUGUUUUCUAUUCUGCUACCAUGGAGCUUAUUUCAGCUCUACCUGAGGACGUAGCCCGAGAUUGCUUGAUUCGGAUCUCUUAUCAAAACUUUCCAGCAGUUUCCUCUGUCUCCAAAGCCUGGAAUACCGAGAUCCAGUCGCCGGAGUUUCGCCGUAGAAGGACCGCCGCUAAUCAAACUCAGAAAAUACUUGUCGCCGUUCAAUCCAGAGUUGACUCCGACGACAAACGUCGAACCGGCUUGCUGGUCAAGGCAGCAACGAACCCGGUUUACCAACUCAGCGUGUUGGAACCCAAAACUGGUAAUUGGAGCGAGUUACCACCCGCACCGGAAUUCCCAAACGGGUUACCCAUGUUCUGUCGUAUAGCCGGUGUAGGGUACGACCUUGUUGUUAUUGGCGGGUGGGACCCAGAGUCUUGGAAAGCUUCCAAUUCAGUUUUUAUCUAUAACUUUCUAUCUGCCACGUGGCGACGUGGGGCCGACAUGCCCGGUGGGCCCCGAACGUUCUUUGCGUGUGCAUCGGAUAACGAUCGUACGGUCUACGUUGCUGGCGGCCACGACGACGAGAAGAAUGCACUGAAAUCCGUGUUGGCGUAUGACGUGGCACGCGAUGCAUGGGCCGCGCUGCCUGAUAUGUCUAGAGAGCGUGACGAGUGCAAAGCCAUCGUUCGGGGAGGACGCCUCUGCAUAAUUGGCGGCUACUGCACUGAAAUGCAGGGCCGCUUUGAGAAGAGCUCAGAGGAGUUUGAUGCUGCCACGUGUCAGUGGAGCCCAGUUGAAGAAGAGUUCUUGGAUGCCGGCACCUGUCCUAGGACUUGCGUCGAUGGCGGUGAUGAUGAGUUGUUCAUUUGCCGAGAUGGUGAGCUGGUGGUCUUAAAGCGUGACACGUGGCAGACGGUGGUAAAGGUGCCGGAGGAAAUACGUAAUGUUUCGUAUAUGGAAGCGCGGGAAGGAGCAUUGUUGUUAAUUGGAUCAAGUGGUUUCGGACAACCACAUAUGGGUUUUUUGUUGGACUUGAAGAGUAGUAAUUGGGCCAAAUUAUCGAGCCCAGAAAACUACACUGGCCAUGUCCAAUUUGGUUGCCUUUUGGAAAUUUAGGGUACUGUAUUAUAAUGUACUUUGUCUAUGUAAAUAUGAAGCAACAUUUUUGUUUCCUAUGGUUGCUUAGCUUAAGGCAAUGGACAUUUUCCGGUUAA